AUGGAGGAUUUGCUCCCAACCCUGCGCUUGAAGAAUAUCCGUGUGUCGGUAGUUUCUUUGAGCCCUGAAAUAUUCGCCCUGAAGAAUCUUUGUGUCGAGACCGGUGGCCGCUUCGAAGUCGCGAUGAGCCACACCCACUUCGAGGAGCUUCUCCGUAGUCAUCUCUCAGCACCUGAGAUCCAGGGCAAAGAUGUGGCACCUCAAAUGGUGCGCAUGGGCUUCCCGCGACUCUUAGAAAUAGAGGCAAAGAAACCUGAAGCCUGUGCUUGCCACUUUCAAGUGAGAAAUAGUUUGUAUGUUUGCCCACAAUGCCAUGGUCGCAGCUGUGGCUUGCCAAGUCGAUGCAAGAUUUGUGACCUGCCUCUGGUCUCUGCUUCUGUUUUGGCAAGAGCCUUCAGGAGCGUUGUACCCCUGGCACCGUUUCUUCCUGUGGAUCUAGGUGCCCUGUCUACACGUUGCAAGGGCUGCCAGCAGACCUUUUCGUCAGCGCACAUGCGUUUCGCAGCGAUGCGGUUGACAGCGACGCUGCUGAGCGGCCGGAUCCUUCACGAGGAGACGCUGGACGACUGGUUUGAGCUGCUGGAUUGCCUUUCAGCGAUUAGCAGCAAAUUGGGAUGCCAGCGACAAGACCUGGCGAUGCUUCCUGCAGCGGAGUUCUUCCCAGAGAGGUCACGACUGGAGCUCCUGGUGCUGGUGUCGCCCCCCUCCUCGUCAGAGAGCAGACUGCUCCAGGAAGCUUGCAGGAACUCCAGGAUGGAUGUGGUUGCAAAUUUACUGAGAUGCCGACAAGAUCCGAAUGUCGGCGGCAAAAGAACACCUUUGAUGAUCGCUUCAGCCAAAGGUGAUCUGCAGAUCUGCCGCCUACUACUCAUGGCAUCUGCAAAAAUUGACUGCGCAACGCCUUCUGGUGCCACUGCCCUGCACUACGCGGCAUUUGGAGGCAGCUACAGCGUCGUGGAGUUGCUUCUCCGGGCAAAAGCAGCAGCUUCGUCAGGAGCACGCAUGGAGCCGAUCCAAAUCGUGGUCGAAAAUGCAGAUCUGGACAUAGCGUUGCUUUUGAUGAAGUAUGGCGCUGAUGUUGGGCAGAUCAGUGAUGGCACAGCCAAGGAUCGCCUCCUUGCAGGUGCAGGAUGUCGCACACCUUGACAAGGCGGCUCUACAUCAUGCAUCGAUAGUGCCGUUUGGACGUGAUGGAUACCCUUCGGUAUAUACUGUCCUCGUACUUCUGAGGGAUGCAGUUUCAAGUCAGGGAGCAGCAGU